AUGGCGGAAGAAGUCAAGACGGAACAGGUCGCUGCCGCCACCGCCGCUGCUCCGGCACCGACCACGCUCACCGCCGAGGAGGCCAAGCAGGAGGCUCUCCGACAGGUCGAGUUCUACUUUGACGAUGCCAACCUGCCGUUUGACAAGUUCCUCUUCACGCUGACGCGCAAGGACCCGCAGGGCUGGGUGCCCAUCGCGACGGUGGCGUCGUUCAAGCGCAUGAAGCCGAUCAAGGAGGCGCUGGGCGUCGAGGGCAUCAGCGAGGCGCUCAAGGCGUCGGCCGAGCUGCUCGAGGUCGACGAGAGCGGCGAAAAGGUGCGGAGGAAAAAGGAGCUGGUGCCCGUGCGCGACGCCUACGACCGCAGCGUCUACGCCAAGGGCUUCCCCGACGAGCACGACGGCCUCCAGGUCGAGCUGGAAAAGUUCUUCGCCCAGUUUGGCAAGGUCAAUGGCGUGCGCAUGCGGCGCGACAUGAACGCCGCCGCCAAGCCCAAGCCGUUCAAGAACAGCGUGUUUGUCGAAUUCGCCGACUUUGAGACCAAGUCCGACUUUCUCAAGAAGGCGGCCGAGCGCGAGCCCACCGAGGACGGCGGCAAGGGCAUCUCGUUCCAGGACAAGGAGCUGCUCGCCAUGAGCAAGGACGCCUACUGCCAGAUGAAGAUGAAGGAAAAGGGCAUCGACCCGUCGCAGGCCCGGCGCGGCGGAGAGUCGUCGUCGUCGGCGGCCGGCGCCAAGGCGCCCAAGAAGUUCAACGCCUUCAAGGAAAUGGACCGCGAGACGCGCUUCGGCAGCCUCGGCGACAAGCGCGGCGGCGCCGGCCGCGGCAACGGCAACGGUCAGGCGUCGUCGGCGCCCAAGUCCAAGGUGCUCGAGUUUGACUUCAACGGCAAGAAGCUCACCACCGACGACGAGGGCAAGGUCGACGCCAGCCAGGUGGCCUUCCCGGCCAACAGCGUGCUGCGCUUCACGGGGGCGGGAGAAGGGGGCAACUGGAAGGACCUCAAGGACACGCUCGUCACGGUGCACCCGACGUCGUUUGUCGAGUUCCCGGCGGGCGCCAUCGAGGGCGCCGUCGGGUUCAAGGAGACGCUGCCGGACGACAAGCUCGACGAGAUCCGCGCCAAGGGCAUCACGGUGGGCGGCAAGCCCGUCGAGUGGUCCCGCGUCGACGAGGAGACGGCCAAGUCGUUUUACGUCGAGCGCGCCCAGUUCCGCGCCACGUUUAUGCUCGACCAGCGCGACCAGAACGGCAACGGCGACCGACGACAGGGUGGCGGCGGCGGACGCGGCGGCGGACGUGGUGGUGGACGCGGCGGCCGUGGUGGCCGUGGCGGCCGUGGCGGCGGACGCGGCGGAGGACGUGGCGGGUUCGGUGGAGGACGACGGGACAACGAUGCAGAGGGCAGCGGCGACAAGCGUAAGCGCAACGACGCCUCGGACGCCGCUGCCGGCGCCGCCGAUGCGCCGCCCACGGUGGGCAAGAAGGUCAAGACUGAAGGCGGCGAGGCCAACGUCAAGACCGAGUAG